AGUUCGGAAUGAAGUUAUGAUUACGAGGGUAUCCGAAUUAUAAUAGAUCAUGUGACAGGAACAAAAUGGCCGCCAGUGGGAGUUUGUUCGCUGGGAAAAAACGAACCGGUUCGAUACUCGCUAGUGCACCAGUUGAUGCCGACGGCAAUGAACAAGACUUUGAUGUCCGAGAGGAUGAAGAACAGAAUGUCAAGCUUCUGCAGACCAUUGAGCUUCUCUUGGCAGCUGGGUAUUUUAGGGCCAGGAUCAAGGGGCUGUCCCCUUUUGACAAAGUUGUUGGAGGGAUGACCUGGUGUAUCACGACCUGUAAUGUGGAUAUUGACAUUGACCUGCUCUUCCAGGAAAACUCAACCAUUGGACAGAAAAUUGCCCUAACUGAGAAGAUAGUUGCAGUGUUACCAAGGAUGAAAUGCCCACACAGAAUAGAGCCCCAUCAGAUCCAGGGCCUUGACUUUAUACAUAUCUACCCCGUCGUACAGUGGCUGGUGAAACGUGCAAUAGAAACUCGAGAGGAACUAGGAGACUACAUUCGGAAAUUCUCCGUGUCACAGUUUAACAAGUACCAUAAAACACCUGAGGAUGUUGCAUUCCUGGCAGUCAAGGACAAAGCUAUCGGCACCGUGUCAAAUGUCAAGGACGUGUACAAGCCAGAGAGGAAGUACCGUCGUCAUGACGCCGACAAGUUGAGGGACGAGGAAUCCCGUGUACAGUCGACACUGCUAGAAUAUGGCCGUCGAUAUGGCAUCAGUCGCUCAGAUAAAGAAGAGGAUGAUGAUAAAUCUGCAAAGAAGAAGGCUGCAGCUGCAGGUAUCGGUGGAGAGGAAGGGGAGAAAACUCUGGAGGAACUACAAGCUGAGGAAGAGAAGAGGAUCAAUAUGUUGAUGAGUGGCAUGUCAGCCAUGGGUCUUCAGGAGGGCAAGCUUACAGCCAGCACUGUGGGGUCCAUUGUUGGAAUGCAGUCAGCUGAGAUACAACAGAUUGCCUCGGAGUAUGCGGAAAAGCAAGCCGAGAUAGAGCAGAUCGAGCGAAGUGAACGUGUGGGUGGGGCACAGCAACAUAAGCGGGUCACGGCCGCCCUUGAGAAACAGAUACAGCAGGCUCAGGACAGGAUGAAAGAGGUGCAGUCGAAGCAUGAUGAGCUACACAGAGUGUACAAAGAAACUCAGGAGAAACUUCGUGAGGCCCAGGCCCGCAGUGGACGGAUUGAUGAGGAAAUGGAGAAACUUGCAGAGAUGGAAACAGAGGAAAACCAGGGGAUCUUGCAGACCCUGAAAUCACUGGUGGCCAUGAACGAGAACCUUAAGAAGCAGGAGCAGGAGUUUAAGGCCCACUGCAAGGAAGAAAUGACGAGGUUGAAGGCAAACAUUGAACAACUGAAGAAGGAGACCAAUAGUGAGAUGUCUGAAGAUCAGGCAAGAGCUGGCCUCAUUGAAAAACAGUACAAUGCGGACAAAGAGAAACUUCAUAAAAUCAGAUUGCUUUUGGCUCGUAAGAACAGAGAGAUCGGCGGUCUACAGAGGAAAAUAGAUGAAGUGCCAUCACGGGCAGAACUGAGCCAGUACCAGCGACGAUUUGUGGAGCUUUAUAAUCAAGUGGCCUCCACCCACAAGGAGACCAAGCAGUUCUAUACCCUGUACAACACCCUGGAUGAUACCAAACUCUACCUGAGCAAAGAGGUGACCUUACUCAACUCCAUCUACGACAAUUUUAGCCAGGCUAUGUCAUCAGCAGCCAAUAAGGAGCAGUUUUUGAAACAGUUUGAACAGAUUGUGGACGGAGUAAAAACCAACAAGUCAAAGGUUGAGCGUAAGAAGCAGGAGGAGAAGAUGAGGCGAGACCAACUUAAUGACACCUACCUGGACCUUAUAGAGAAACAGCGCCUAUACUUCAAAACAGUGAAAGAUUUCCAAGAGGAAUGCCGGAAGAAUGAAAUAUUGUUAUCAAAGAUGAAGAGAUAGAAACAAGCGCUCUAAGUGGACAGAAGCAAUAAUUUGACAUUCUGUAUUUAAAUAGUAUAACGUUCCUUUGUGUGUAUAGACUUUGUCUGUUUCUUUUUGUUUGUGUAUUGCUGCUUGUUUUGUUUACUUCAUGCCACAUGCUUUAAUAGAGCCUUGAUAUUAAAAUAAAAUUUGUAACAUGA